CUUGAAUGGAUUCAAGAUUGGCCCGCGCAUUCAACACUCUAUUGGGAGGCUCACAUCGAUCUUGUGUGGAUUCACUAUGAGGUGUCUCUCAAAACUUCUGGUUCCAAUUGGGAUUGAAGUUAUAAAGAUAGUUGUUUAUGCUUAUGAGUAUCUAACAUGGCCACUGUACUACUUAUUCAGCAAAACAUUGAGAUAUAUGCCACUGCCCAACUCUCCUGUUGACAGCGACUGGACAUAUAAUGAAGAAGAAAGUCGGACUUUGGCACUUCCUGUACGUGAAGGUGAUCCCGGUUCGCCAUGGAGAGCAGUUGAAGCCCUCGAUGGUCUGACGAGUUCACUUCCUGGGUGUAAAGAUUUGGUUGAUGUUUGGCUCCGUACAGUUAAGCUGUGGCCCGAUUUGCCUGCGUUUGGAACAAGAGCUGUCCUACGCACGGACUACCGACUGAGUCCUGACGGACGACAAAUGAUUGAGCUCACUUUGGGUGAGUACUCUUGGGAGACAUUUUGGGACGCUGAACGUCGAGUAUCUCAUCUAGCAGCUGGUUUGUAUUCAAUGUUGGGGUCCGUUAAGGAACAUAAUCAGCCCAUUGCCCUAUUUAGUGAAACAAGAGCUGAGUGGAUGUUUGCUGCUCAGGCCUGCUUUCGUCUCAACCGACCUGUUGCUACUUUGUACGCCACUCUCGGGGACGAUGCAUUGGUACAUGGAUUUAAUGAAACUGAAGCUGUGGUCGUGUUCACAAGCGAUGAGCUCUUAUCAAAAGUAAUUAAAAUUGUUCAACGAUGUCCUUCGAUUCAACGUAUUAUCUACUUCACAAAUGGAGUUUUUAAUCGAGAACUUUAUACAGAAGUUGACAACCUCGCUGUUCCUUCUGAAAGUGCUACCGCUAGUGUUGCAGAAGCUCUGACAAAAUGUCCGUCAAAUUUACAUCUACACAAUAUAGUCGAAGUCGAACGUUUGGGAGCUGCAGUAAUCAUGAAAGAUAGAGAAAAGCGAAAAAUGGGUGGUUCCACACCAAUUACAGGGAAUAAUAAUCACUCAUCGAACGGUUAUGAGGGUUUAUGGAUGCCUCCUGCAUCAGAACGUGCCAGUCCCUCGGAUUUAGCUGUGAUUAUGUACACAAGUGGAUCAACAGGUCAACCUAAAGGCGUUGAAAUGACCCAUGAAAAUUUAGUAAGUGCCAUAGCUGGUCAUCUACAACGUUUACCGAAACUUCGUAGUAAUUACGACAUAUAUGUCGGAUAUCUACCACUAGCUCAUGUUUUAGAGCUUACCUGUGAAUUAUCCUGUGUCAUUAUGGGUGUACGAAUUGGUUACUCGAAUCCACAGACAUUAACAGACACUUCAUCCCGUAUUAAACGAGAUCACUGCUUGGGUGAUGUCAGUCUUCUUCGACCAACUCUUUUUGCCAGUGUGCCUACUGUAUUAGAACGUAUUUCUAAGGCUGUUUGGGAAAAAGUAAACGCUGGCGGUGAAUUUCUUCAAGCUCUCUUCAAAUUUGCAUAUGCCUACAAAUGUCGACGAAUUCACGGUGGUUUUCCAAGUUUCCUUGUGGAUCGAUUGGUUUUCCGUAAGGUUAGAUCGCUCAUGGGUGGGCGAAUUCGUUAUAUUGUUUGUGGUGGCGCACCGUUAUCAGAAGAUUCACAAUUAUUCACAAAUAUAUGCAUCGCACCUAUUAUACAAGGUUAUGGUCUUACUGAGUCAUGUUCUACUGGCACUUUGAUGGAAUGUGGGGAUCUGCGAUGUAAUCAUUCUGGAGCACCUGCUUCUACUCUACAAAUUCGUCUACGAGCAUGGCCUGAAGGUGGGUAUUCUCCCUAUGAUACACCGUCUCCACGUGGGGAGAUUCUUUUAUCUGGUAAACCGGUUUCUCGAGGCUAUUACAAACAGCCUGAAUUGACAGCUAGAGAUUUCAUAACCGAUCAAGACGGCACACGUUGGUUUUGUACUGGGGAUAUUGGUCUGAUGCAUACAGAUGGAAGUCUAUCAAUUAUUGACCGUAAAAAAGAUCUUGUUAAACUACAAGCUGGGGAAUAUGUUUCCCUUAGCAAAGUUGAAAUGGCUCUUGGUCAAUCAGUCUAUGUUGAACAAAUUUGUGUUUAUGUGGACCCGAUGCAAAAUUAUCCAAUCUGUUUCGUGUCGCCGAAAUUAAAGUCGCUUACUGACUUAGCAGAAUCUUUGAACUUAGUUCACUUACUUCAUGAAGCUCGUUCAAAGCUUCCUAUAGAAUCAAUGAAAGAUCCCAUUGCUAUCGAACAUGUAGAACGGGCUGUUCUCUGUAAACAUCCUCAAAUUAUACAAGCUGUAUUAAAAGAUUUACAACGAGUUGCUAGAGAAAAACGUUUAAGUACAUUUGAAAUACCACAAAAAGUUGCUUUAGAUACUAUAGCUUGGACACCAGACACUGGUCUUGUAACGGAUGCAUUAAAAUUAAAACGUUUCAACUUACAAACUCGUUUUCAACAUGAAAUUGAAGAACUUUAUCAGAAGGAUACACGAGCGUAAUUAUAUAAAUUAAUAAUAAAUAUCCUUCACCAAAUGAAAUAUUGAAAUGUAUGCAGUACAUUCCGUCUUCAUCAUUAGUAUUUAAUAUAUAUGUGAAUGGAUAUAAUAUCAACAGCUUAUUUGUAUUAAACCUUUGAAAUAGACUCAAACAGUUAUAAAUUAAAUCAUAUAAACCAACAAUAUAUAUAUAUAUAUAUAUAUAUAUAUAUAUAUAUAUAUAUAUAAUCGAUUCAUUUAUCUUUAGUUUUACCAGUCAGUUGUAUACAAGUCAUUGAACAUAUUUAUUAUGGUCGUCAAAAAACGUUGUAUGCAUAUGAUAUAUACAUACAUGAUAAAUGGUACUUGAAUGGUUUACUUUUUUCUUCUCUGUCUUCAUAUCAACCACAUUCGUUUGUGACUUCCUUAAAUUUCUCUGUGGUAUACUUCUCUCGCUCAUUCUGAUUUGUCAGCUUUCGUAGAGUUGUAUCUGUCAUCAAUUCAUAUGUCUUCUUCCUGUUUAUCUUGGUAACAGUAGUAAUAUUAAUACCAAUGAUAAUUAUCGUACCAUUGACGAUCAAACUAGUGUAUUUAAAAUGGUUAUCUCCAAAGGUACACGUCUUUUUCAUUCUGUUUUGUUCGAUCUUUAUUUUCACUCGUUAAUAUGAUUAAUACUAUACAUGUUUCAUAUAUAUUAUUUACUUGCUUUUAUUCUGUUUCUUGUCUAAAUAUUUACCGUCUCACCUAUUGAUUUUUUCUUUGUAGUUUAAUGUAUUUGUAUUUGUCUUGAAGACAUUUGUGUAUGUUUUAUAAUCUUAGUUCGAUGUUCAAUUAUUUUAUUGUUUUUUUUUGGUAUUAAAUGUAACAAAUGGUGUAACUCAUUCAUCUCAUAAGUUUAUUAUUGACACUUCGUUAUCAAUUUAAUUUAUUGGAUUAUUCGAUGUAGUUUAUGUGUAUCUGCAUCUAUAUUUACAAACAUCCAAGAAAGAUUAUGGAAAAAAAUUAGUAUCUUCAGUACAUUCACCUUAUUUCCACACAUACACAUUUACUCUUUCAUUCAUUUUUCACCAAUCUUUGGAAAAUACACAUCGUUGCUUUAUAUACAGGCAACAUUAGUUGAUAACGAGUCUUUGUGUCUGUAUUGAUUUCACUUACUAUUUACUUCAUCCUUUUGUAAAUUUUCAUAAUUGUUUCCUAUAAAGUAAAAAUUAUUCGCGGAAUGUUUUUCUUAGCAUUCCCCUCCUUAAUUACCAAGAGUUUUGCAUUACUAAGUCUAGCCAACUGUUGUUACCUUUCCCAUACUAUUUGGUUGAGAGAAAUUAAUUCAGUCGGUAACAACGUAGAACUUCGUACGUACGUACAUCAGUUCGAGUUGCCACACCACAUUAGCACAGAGAUACAGUGGUCGAUUCAAAUCCCGUAGCGCUAGAUGUAGUAAAAUCAUAAGCUGUAAUCAGAAAAACUAGGGUUUGAAGAUGUUAUUCAAGAAGUAUAAUCCAGUGAAAUAAAUUUGGAAGAAAAAAUAAGGGACAUGAAGAAUUCAGAAGAUUAGAAUUUGGGAGAACACAAAGAGUGGAUGCAUCUGCACCAUUGCAAACGAUUUUGAGCCAUGUCAUUCAGGGUCUCUAACCAUCGGUUGCUAUCAUCUCGCGGUACCCAACCAGGUAGUCUACACCUACCAACAUGGCUCAGUCCACUUGUCAAUGACUUCGUGGAUUUGUGCCAUGUUUUGGUCUGGCCGCCCCUAACUUUCUUCCAAUCUACUCCUAUACAACAAAACAUCGCACAUCGAGGUAGUCGGUGGUUGGGCGUACGUAACACGUGUCCCAGCCGUCUCGACUGAUGGAGUUCGAUUACGUCAUCAACUGAUUUGCCAUCCUUACUUAGUACCCGUUUCCCAACAACUGCAUUACUUACUCGAUGGUCCCAGGAUAUACGAGCAAUAUUUCGAAGACACAUAUGAUCGAAUACUAGUAACCUACGGAUAUCUUAUACUCUUACCGGCCGUGUUUCACAGCCAUAAAGUAGGACGGAACGAACUGUUGCGCAGUAAACACGUCCUUUGGUUGAUAGACGGAUAUCUCGCCUUCUCUAAUUUUAUUUCAUAUUCCCAAAGUGUUUUCCUUAUUUUAUUUCUCCACCUUCAAGACACUCAUGGACUUGGAGUGUACGAACAACGGUUCCGUCUUCUGAUUUUUGAUAAAUUUCCAGGGUGCUUCAGGACAGGUUAGUCUUCACCCUCAAUUAUUCACUGAGGAGUCAGGGAAUUGACUGUUUCAUUUAUCAUCGGAGUCUUGCACUCACUAGGUCGGUGUCUGACAAAAUAUGCUUUCUCCUAUCAAUCACUUUAUCUUUGCCACAGGCGAGAUGUACGUCUGUCUACUAAGAAACGAAUUUCCUCUGUUAUACUGAUUUUUAAAAAUAGAAAGCGUGUGCAAACCGUAAAUAUUCGCAACAAUGAUUACUAUGAAAUAGGCGAAGAGUGUAAAGGUGUGUACGUCGAAAAUUUAUUAUUUAUUUAUUUGAACACAUAAAUACUCGUACAAGGGGGAACCAGAUACAUAUGCGCCACACAAAUCUCAUUUGAUUUGUGUGAGGGCUGUAAUACUGCCCGGGUGCCCAAACCAAAGCAGGUGGUUUUCUUAGGGGGCCACACCCGGAGCCUUCGACCUAAAGGUCUGAUCCACAAGGCAGUGGAGCAUUGUAAGGAGAUGCAGUCCCAUGGUGGUCAGUGACCAACAAUUGGUUCAUACGCCAUUUGUUCCGUCAGGAUACUGGGGCCCAUGGGCACCAUUGGUUUGGAAUCAGGGUAUUCCAACUUCCCUAGGUGGACUCUCCGUGUCCACCAACCCGGUUAAUGCGCCGAAAUUCUCUUUUCGUCCUCUCAAUUUCGUAAACAACACCCACGCCGCGAGAAAGCAGUGAGUAGGACUUUCCUGGCAGAGGCUAUAUACGUGUGGCCUUGUGAGAGCAUUUCGAGAGGGAGAGCUGACUCUCCCCACUCUCGGCCGUACCAGGGCACUUGGGGGCUUAUGGUAUUUCGUCUCAAAACAUAAAAGUUAUGUUGGGAAGGGUUUUCACGCAUUUCUACUUCACAGUGCUUUGUCUGAUCUGAUCUUGGAUUUCUGUCGUAGGUUAUAUUUCAGUAUUCCUAUGCAACUCGCCAUUGGACCUUGGAAGUGUAACAAAUAGUGUACUAGCUUGAAGUUUAGUGUAAGAUUGAAAUUAUUGUGUUUUUUCUAGAAAGAGGCCAAGCCUAAAGUAAUUCUAACUACAAUCCACUCCCGAAUUUUUUCCCGUAAGUAUCGCUUUAUUCCUUUGAUUUUAAGUUCGUCACAUGCGUAACUUCUGUGUAUGAGCAAGGAUUAUUUAACGAAUGAGAUGAUGCAGACUACGUGCCUUCGAAUCAACGGACGUAUCUUCAGAGUAUGUUGCGUCAUUAGAGUAUCUUUAGUCAAGGUCUAAGAUUGAUUGUUCAUAUUUAAGGGAACUGGUAAGAGAGCGAGUUUGAUUUGUGCGUAGUAUUCGGUGGCUGGAGGUAGUCGACAGGAAACCAUGGACCCGGGUUUCGUGCUACCAUCUAAUCUCAACAUAGUGCACGGAGUGUCGAGUCACCUAGACUGGUGACCACAUUGCAACAUGAUCGAUAGCAUUCGAUCUGCACUAGUAAGGAAUUGACACACAUGACAUUGAUCACCGCCCAGUGGUCAAUCAAUUAUGAUUACACCUCAGUCCUACAGGAGGUCGGUCGCUGCCCAGACAGAUCAGUGGUAACGUCUCUGACUGAAGGUGGGUGACACGGGAUCGAACCCGUCAGGGAGCACCAGUUCCCUCAAGAUUACAGGUAAACUUUGCUGACGAGUGUCAAGUAGCACGAAACCCUGGUCCAGGGUUUUCUGUCGACUACCUCCAACCACCGUCCAACUUUUUUUAUUUAUUUCUGACUACUGCUCACGUGAUGCGCUACAGUAACUGGCGUAGAUGUUAGCUGAGUAAGGGUUUGUGACUAAAUAAUGGCUUUGUGCCUGCGUGUAUCAUUUUUUGGGUUAGUUUUGUCUAAAGGAGGUGACGUGUAUGAUAGUAUUAUUCAAUGGUUUGGGGAUUUGAGUUAUGUAUAUGUAAAUUGGUUACAAUAUUGGACGUAGUGUUGUUCCACACUCCCACCCCUAGUUUCUCUUCACUGUUGCAUUUUACUUCUAUGCUCUUACUGUUCUAAUUUUAAGCGUAGUCACUUAGGGUUAGAUUUGCACCAAGCCCUGUGUUUAUUAUAUAUGCCUGUUUGUGAAAUUGUUCAUUCUCUUCUCUAGCCCAAUUUGACUUGAAAUUCGUGAUCCAACCGUCCGGAACCACACUACACUUUUACUAUUAGUAAAUAAAAAUAGAAGUAACAAAUCAUAUUUGAUUUGAUAUUGAUUCCAUUUAACAAUGGUUUUUAUUUUAAACAUCUGUACUGAGAAUAAAACAAACAAGCGAAUAUGUAAUCAUUUGUACUAAGCUGGGUUACAUACUUUCCACCUAUCAAUAAAACUUGAAAAUACCUUAGAUCUUUUAAAUUUUUCUUUAGACAUAAGACAUUCUAUAUAAGUUCCUAUUUCUUGGGGUCUAAACGCUUUUAAGGAUUUCAUCUAAUAGUUAAUCUUGGAUCCAAGUUUUCAGGUAAUCUUUCGACUUGUGGUUCUUUUAUUUUUUUUUACAAACUAAAUAUAAGUUAUAAACAUUGAUUUUAAUCAACUAUUACAUAUUUUAAUCUACUGAAAGGUAAUCUGUUCAUAUAUGUUAGUCUUAUUUUUAUUAUAUCAUAAGUUUGUUUUUAAUAUUGUCAAAAUAAAAAGUACCAAAAUUAGCUCC